AUGUUUCUUCGCUUAAGUCUUUGUAUUUAUUUAACUAUCAUUGUUGUCAAUGGUAGCCGUUUGCAAGACGGUCAAUUAUUACUUUCCUCGAGUCUCGUUCAUGAAAUUAAUAGCGCGAAAACAACAUGGAAGGCAGCACCAUCCAAAUUCAUGUCCUGGUCAGAAGAAUCGAUCCGACGUUUGAUGGGCGUUGAUCCAGAUUAUUAUAAACAACAUGAAGAGCUACCAGUACUUGAACACGACGUUCCCAAUGACAUUCCGGAAAAUUUCGAUGCACGUGAACAAUGGCCCAAUUGUCCAACAUUGAAAGAAGUGCGCGAUCAAGGAAGUUGCGGUAGCUGUUGGGCGUUCGGUGCUGUUGAAGCUAUGUCCGAUCGUAUUUGUAUUGCUUCGAAUGGUGCUCAAAAUGCACAUAUUUCUGCCGAAGAUCUCGUUUCAUGCUGCAAAACAUGUGGUUUUGGUUGCAAUGGCGGUUUUCCUCAAGCAGCUUGGUCAUUUUUCAAAGGAACAGGUCUAGUUACCGGUGGUAAUUACGAUUCCAACGAAGGCUGCCGACCAUAUACAAUCGAAGCAUGUGAUCAUCAUGUUAAUAAGACAUUACCACCUUGUCAAGGUGAAGGUAAAACACCUAAAUGUACAAAAGCCUGUAUUGAGAGUUAUACGGUGCCAUAUACUGAUGAUAAACAUCAUGGUGAUAGUGUUUACUCGAUUAAAUCAAAUGAACAACAAAUUCAAACUGAAAUCAUGAAGAAUGGACCCGUCGAAGGUGCAUUCACUGUCUACUCGGAUUUUCUUCUAUACAGUUCAGGUGUUUACAAACGUACAUCCGGCACCACACUUGGCGGUCAUGCUAUUAAAAUCCUUGGAUGGGGUGUUGAAAAUGGCACACCGUAUUGGCUUAUUGCUAACUCAUGGAAUCAAGAUUGGGGUGAUAAUGGUUUCUUCAAAAUUCUUCGUGGUAAAAACGAGUGUGGUAUUGAAAGCGGCAUCGUUGCGGGCGCGCCAAAACUUCAAUAA